CGCCGCCGCUGCUGCUGCCGCUCUGCCGGUUUGAACUUGGCGGGCCAGAUGUGGGCGGCGGGGCGACGGGGGGCUACUCCACCCUCUGGCGACCCCCGGAUCCCGGGCGACUGCAGGUCCAGGGCACGGUCUCGGCCGUCUUCGAGCUCCUCUGUGGUCAGGGCGGGCUCCCUGGGGCGGGAGACGGUGACGUUGGACCGGCUGUCGCCGCCGAUGAGCUUCAGUAAUUCCACCUUGUCGCUGUUGUCUCCCCUGAGCCACCAGGGCUUCCCCUUUGACCAGGAGGAGGAGGAGGAGAAUGAAGAAGACCUCGAUCAGGAUGCCCAUCACUCAGAGGCCCAGGUGGAGAGCUUGAGAGGCAUGGAUGUACAGGGGUGCGCCAGUAAUAUGCCUGGAUCAGAAGAUAACCAAGAGCAGAAAAUUGCACGCUUACAAGAAGCUAGCCUGACACCAUGGGAACUGUGGUUUGUGGGCAAGGAAAAAGAAGAACGUGGCCGUCUGCAACAGAAAGCUCUAGAGCAAUUAAAUCAAGAGCUAGAAAAGAAAAAAGAAAUGGAAGAACGUGAAAAAAGAAAGAUAAUUGCUGAAGAAAAACACAAGGAAUGGGUUCAGAAAAAGAAUAAGCAGGAAAGAAAAGAAAGGGAACAAAAAAUUAAUAAAGAAAUGGAGGAAAAAGCAGCAGAAGAACUGAAGAAAGAACAUUUGCAAGAAAAAGCAAAAGAGAAAUAUCAAGAGUGGCUAAAGAAAAAAAAAGCUGAAGAAUGUGAAAGGAAGAAAAAAGAAAAGGAAAAAGAAAAACAACGGCAAGCCGAAUUACAAGAAAAAAAGGAAAUAGCAGAACAAAAGUUUAAGGAAUGGUUGGAAAAUGCUAAACGUAAACCUUGUCCAGUUGUAAAGAGCUAUGGUUAUGCCAAUGGAAAAGUCACAGGUUUUCACAGUGGAAAUUCUUAUCCAGAGCCUGCCUUUUAUAAUCCAAUUCCCUGGAAACCUAUUCAUAUGCCUCCUCCCAAAGAAGCUAAGGAUCUAUCAGGAAAGAAGGAUCUAUCAGGAAAGAAGACUAAAAGGCCUGUAAUAAGUCAGCCACACAGGUCAUCACCUUUGGUAAUUCAUAAAGCCAGAAACAAUCUUUGCCUUGGAACUCUGUUUGGAAUACAAAGAUAGUAGACAAAUACAGUACAAAAAUAGUGGGAAGUUGCAUGCUUUUAAUUUUAAAAUCAGAAGUACUUUUUCACUGCUCAGAGUCACUCAGAAAUUCAGCAUUUAAUGUAAUUAGUGACAACUUCAAAUUUUGCAUUUGUAUAUGGAGUCUUUAUAGUAAAGUGAGGAACAUUUUAUAUAUUUUCAUUUUUAUAAAUGUUUCAGUGUUGAUCUUGGCAUAUUGCUUUGCAGAAUAACUAGCUGGAUAUCUAAUAAUUGUGUUUUAUUUAGCUUCUCUUAAAACUACUAUAAAACCAAUAAAACUAACAGUUUUUCAUA